AUGGAUAAAAGUAUUUAUAAUUUUUUAAAUAUUAACGAGAAUUUUUCUCAGGAGCAGUUGAAUUUAAUAAUUAAUAAUAUGAAGAAAGAAAAUAAGAAAGAUAAAUUACAUAAUGCUAUAAAUAAAGAAUAUAAUUUAGAAGAAAAUACGUUAGAAGAAAAAGAUUUCUAUCCAUUAAGAAAUAGUGAUAAUAUAAGAGAUACAGAUAAUUUUGAAAAAAUUAAUUUCCCAUUUUAUAAUGAAAAUAACAAAAAAAAAAAUCAAGUAUACUCAUUAGAUGAUAUGCUAAACAACCUAAAUCAACAAAAUUCUUCCAAAUUAUUAAAAUCAAACAUUAAGAAAAAAGAAAAAAAUAAAAAAUCUGAUAAUUAUUGUAAUAACAGUAGUGAUGUAUAUGUAAAUGAAAAUUUAGAAAAAAAUAUCAAUUUGAAUUUUUUUAAUUGGAAUAAAUAUACAAAAAAUGAUGGAAAGUUAUUUACGGUUUAUGAUCAUUUAAUUAAUGAACAAAAAAUAAAUAACUUUAAAUGUGAAAAUAUUCAAAAUUCUGCCAUUAAAAACAAUAAAAACUGUAAUACUGUAAAUUUAGAAGAAUUAGAUAAAAGAAUUAAAAUCAACUUAAGAAACGAUCAAAAAUUAAGAAAUAUAAAUGAAAUAAGUUAUGAGGAUAAUAAUAGUUUUAUUGCAUCAUUGAAUAAUUUUGAAAAUAAUCACACAUUUGAUUAUUAUAUACAUGAUAAUGUAAAUAAUUUUAAUAAUAUUAACAAUAAUGGACAUUCAAAUAAUAUGUAUAAAUAUGAUACAAUUAAUGAAAGAAAUUAUAUUUUUGAAAAUAAAUCAAAUUAUACUCAUGGAUAUAAUUCAAAUUUUGUAAAUGAAAAUAUAAUUCAUAUAAACAAUAAUGAUGAUAACAUAAGUUUAACUAAUAAUGGAAAUAAUAAUAACAAUUUUAAAAAUAAUAACGAUUCAUUUAAUUCAAACUCACCUUUAAAUUUGUAUAAAUAUUUUACACAUAAGAAUAAACAGUUACAAAAUGCAAAUGAAAUGUAUGCUAAUUUUAAUGAUAAAAAUAAAAAUAUAAUAGUUGAUGAUAAUAAGAUAGAUAAUUUCAACAAAGUAAUUAAUUAUAAUAAAACAAAUAAUAACAAUAUAUUACUUAAUAGUAAUAAAGUUAGAAAUGGUAAUAAUACAAUAUCUAAAGAAAAUGAGGAAAAUAAUUACGAAAGUAGAAUAAAUAAUUACAAUGAAAUUGAUCAUCCUAAUAAUAGAGUAAUAAAUAAUUACAUAACUAAUAGUAACAUAAAUUAUAAAAAUAUAAUGAAUAUAGAUAAUUUAAAUAAUAAAAAAAAUGAGCAUAAUAUGGAAUUUUUAGGAGAUUAUAUAAAUAACAUGAAUUUAAAUAAACUAAAAAUGAAUAAUAUAGACAAUAAUAAUAUGAAUAUGAAUAUGAAUAAUUUAAAUUUAUAUAACUAUAAUAAUAAUAUAAAUUAUGAUGAACAAAAAAUUUACGAUACGAAUAAAAUACAAUUAAUAAAUAAUUUAAAAAAAAAUGAACUAAACGAAUUAAGGAGUAAUUUAAUAAAUAAUAAGGAAAUGAAUUUCAAAAAUAUAACAAAUUAUGAUAAUUGUAAUUUUUUGAAAAAUAAUUUAAAAUCAUCUGAGUAUCCUAUAGAUAUUAAUUCACUAAAUAAUGUUGAAAGUAACUUAAAUAAUUCAUUAUAUAAUAAUAUUACAAACAAUAUAAAUAGAGUUGAUACUAAUUUAAGUAAGUACAAAAAUUAUAUGGAAAAUAUGAAAAUUUAUGAGAAUUUAAGUCAAGAAUGUUCAAGAAGUAAUAAAAAUAUGAAACCUAAUUCCUACUUAAAAAUUAAUACUCCUAAUAAUACAAAUACAAGAAAUGAUAAAAUUAGUGAUUCAGUUUUAAAUAUUGAUGAAAAAAAAAACAAAUGGUUAUUUGAUAUAAAUUUUGAAAAAAACAAUUUCAGUUCACUAAAUACAUUUAUGUUUAAUGAAAAGAUUACGAAUACAAAUAACAUGUAUAAUUUAAAUAUUAAAGAAGAUGUAUUAAGUAAUAUAUAUAUAGAUAGUAUUAAUACAAAGGAUAAAGAAGGUAUGAACCUGGAUGAACUUAUUAAUUAUGGAAAUAUGAAUUUAGAAGAUCAUUCUGAAACAAUGAAUACAGAAAAUAACCAUUUUACAAAUAAAGUAAAUUAUUAUAUUAGUAAUAAUGAAAAAAAUAAUAAAAAUUAUUUUUGUAAUUCAUUAAAUGAAAAUAACGAAUUAAUUAAUACAAAUGGAAUAAAAAGCUUAAAAUAUGAUUAUUAUAAUAAGAACUAUGAUCUUAAACUUUUGAAAAGUAAUAUAAAUUUAGAAAAAAGUAAAUUUAAUAAAAAAUGUAUUACAUUGGAUUCAUCUGGUUAUAAUUCAGAUAAUUCAAAAUCUUCUAAUCUUUUUAAUGGAAGAAAAAAGGAAAGCAAAUCAAAUAAAGAUAUUUUAUUUGAUAGUAAUAUUAAUGAUGAUUCAUUUUUGAAUGACAUUAGUUUAAAUAAUAAUAAAUUUGAUUAUAAAUUGGGAGUUAUAAUGCAAAAUAUACGAGAUUAUAGUAACAGAGUAUUCAACGAUUUAUUCACGAAUAAUGAUCCGUUUAAAAAAAAGAAAAUAAAUGAAAUGAAUCUAUAUUUAUCCAAAUUAAGAGGAAAAAAUUGUGAUGAAUUUUUUUUUAAUUUAAAUAAAUUUUACGAAAUAGUACUUAUGCUACCAAACUUAAAUUAUUUAUAUAAAUAUAAUUCAUCUAUUUUAUAUAGUAUUUGUGUUGUAACCAAAAACCUUCUAUUAAUUCUUCAUUUAGGUGUUUAUAUAUUUCAUAUUAUCAAAACCUGUAUGUUUUGCAUUGUAAAAUUAAUUUUAAUAAAACCUGUUUCAAUAACAGAUAAAGUAUGGUUUUUUUUACUAAAUUUAUAUAGAUGUUUGUUUGAAAAAUUAUAUGAAUAUUUUCAAAACGAUUUGAAUAAUGAAAAUUCAUCAAAUAAUAAAGUAUCACUUGGAAUAAUAUUAUCUUUUACAAAUGUUUUUAAUGAAACUUUAAUAGAAUAUUCAAAAAUUCGUGUACUAUCGAGAAAUAAAAAAAAAGAAGAAUUUAUUGCCUUCCCAUUAUAUGAAUCACUAAAACCUUUUUUCUUUGUAUGCACAAAUUAUCCAGAUGAAGAUAUUAAAUCAGAAGAUGAUAAUUUAUAUGAAAAAAAAAAAAAUGAGAAAGGAAAUAAAUUUAGUAAAGAAAAUAUACACGAAAAAGGAAAGAAAACAGAAUUAGAAAAAUGUAUUAAUAAUUUUGAAGAAAAAAUAAAAAUAAAAAAAAAUGAUAAAGAGAAUGAAAAGGAAUAUAAAGAAGAAACGAAUAAAAAACAGGAAGAGCAAGAAAAUAAAAAAAAUUCCAAAGAAAAUUAUAAUGAAAAACAAAUUGAUAAUUUAAUUGAUGUGGGUUUUAUAAGUAAUAUAAAAGAUAAUGAUAUACAUGAUAAAAACAUAGAAAACAAUAAUAUUUUCAUACCCUCUAAAAUAAAUACCAAAAAAAAAAUCGAAGAUGAAUUAUCAGUUUCAAUUAGAAGUAAUAUCUUAUGUUGUGUUCAUACAUUAAUCAAGAUGUUUUCACAUAUUUACAUAAACAACUGGGAUAAAAUUUUAUAUUAUUACAAUGAAAAAAGAAAAAAAAAUAUUCCAAUAUUUAUAUCUAUUACAUUGAGUGAUAGAAAUCAAAAAUUAAGAGCUAAUGCAAUUUUAUGUUUAAAAUAUUUAUUUGAUUGCAAACAAUUAAAAUAUUGGUUUUUAUUAAAAGAUAAUAAUAGUAAUAAUAUGGAUAACAAUAUAAGUAAUGCUAAUAACAAUAUAAAUAAUGCUAAUAACAAUAUAAAUAAUGUUAAUAACGACAUAAAUAUUAUUAAUAACAAUAAUGAUUAUAUGGACAAUAUUUCUAUGAAUAACAAAAAUUAUUCCUUUAAUUUCUUAAAUAAUAGAAAAUUGUUUAAUAAUUCUUUAUCAAAUGUAGAAAAUAACCUAACCGUAAAUAAAGAUGAAUUAAAACAAAAUGGAAUUAUAUCUAAUAAUAUUAAUAACACAAAUUAUAAUAAAUCAAUUUAUUUAGAUACACAUGAAGAAGCAAAUAAUAUUACGACAAAUCAUUAUAAUUCUAAUAUGAUUGUAAAUGAUACAUGUAAUUAUAAUAAUUUUAAUAAGAAAAAUUCUUCCAACAUAAGUAAUUUUAAUAAUGAAAAUAUAACAUUAACAGAAUUAGAAAAAAAUAAAAAUAAUCUAUAUGAUGAACAUUCGAAAGAAGAACUUAAUGAUAAAGUAAAUUCUUCUAAUAUGAAAAUAGCAAUGACCCAACAGAAUGUCAUAAAAAUUAUAUCUACAUUAAUAAAACUUAUAAUUAAAACAUAUGUAUUAGAUAAUAAAAAUAAUUUUUAUACAGCCGCAGACAGAUUAAAUAUUUACCGAUUCUUUCUACGUGUUUCUCAAUCAAUCUCAUUGACUAAAUUUAAAAUUUUGUUAUUUCCUAUUUUAAAAAUAUAUUUUUUUUAUUUAUUAAAAUAUCUUAUUUAUUUUAACCAUGGAGACGUUUUUCAUUUUUGUAUUCAAAGACUACUUCAAAAUAAUAGUAAUUUAAAUAAUAAAGUUGAAAUAAAUAAUUCUAAUGAUUUUUUCAUUAAUAAUGAAGAAAAAUGUGAUAAAGAAAAAAAUGAUAAUAAUAUGAAUGACAUAAAUUCUUUUUAUGACCUUCAAUGUAAUGAUAAUUUUAUGAACUCCAAUAAGAAUAAGCAUAUAAAUUGCAAACAGAUGAAUAAUGACUAUCUGUAUCAGCAUUACUUAGAUGAAGAUGAUCGCAUAUUUAGUUCAUUAAACAAUUAUAUAAAUAGUUUUAAAGAAAAUGAUGAAUAUGAUUAUAGUGAAGAAGAUAUGAAGGAAAAUGAAGGAGAAAAAGAAAAUAAGAAAACAAAAGAAAAAGGACAAGAUGAUAAUGAAGAAAAAUAUACUUAUGAUGAUGAAGAAAUGAAUGAAGAAAAUGAAGAAAAAGAGAAAGUAGUACAAGAAGAAGAAGAAGAUAAAGAAGAAAAUGAAAAAAAAAAUGAAAAAAUAAAAAAAAAAAAUAAAAAUGAAAAGAAAAAAAAAAAAGGUAAAAAAAAAUGUGAUGAUGAUGGUAAAGAAAGUAUAAAUGUUAAAAAUAAGAAUGAUGAAAAUAAAGAUAUGGAAAAUAUAAAAAAUAAUAAAGUAAAAAAAAUAUGUUCAUGCAAAAAUAUCGUAAGUAAUGUAACUAAAAAUAAAAAAAAACUUAAAAAAAAGGGGUCUAAUGAUGUCGCAUUUUUGUACAAGAAUAUUGAUAAAAUAAAUAAAAAUUUGUUGUCUAAAGAAGAUUAUAGAUUAUUAAUUAAUAUACUAUAUUGUAAUGAGUAUUCUAAAAAUUCUAAAUAUAUAUGCACAAUUACUGUUAUUAUUAAUAUAUUUUCUGUUCUUUUAUGUGAAUAUAAUGAUGAUAUGUAUUAUUUUCUUUGUAGUAAUAUUUAUGGUGAUAACAUUAAUAACAAAUUAAAUAACCAUAAUAUUUAUUGCGGUAAUUUAUCUCAAAAUUAUUUGUAUAAUAUAUCUUUUGCUCAGUUAAUAUAUUUUAUGCUAAUUUUCUUAUACAAAAUAUUUUAUCAGCCCACUACAAAUAGAAAAGAUGUUUUGACAAAAAAUUUAAAUGUAUCUAAUAUAAAUGAUAAUUUUUAUUUACAUAAAAAUGAUAACAUAAAUAAUGUUUCAGAUAUUAAUAAUAUUGAUAAAUUAUAUUUUUUCGAUGUAGAUAGCAAAUCUGGUUUUGAGAAUUUCCAUAAAGAAAAUUAUAAGUAUGAAAAAAGGCAAAUGUUGAGUUCAUAUAACGAUUUAUAUGACAACUACAUUAUUUCAUAUAUGCAAAAGGAAAAUAAUGAUUAUAAUAAUUUAAAUGUUGUUGAUAAAAAUAAUUCAAUACCCUAUGAUAUUCAGAUAUUUAAGAAUAUAUUUUUGGUUUUUCAAAAAACGUUAAAAUAUUAUUUAUUUUGCUAUAUGCAUUGUUGGAAAGAUGUUAAAAAUUUAUUAGAAUAUUUUUUACAGUCAGAAAAUAUAAAUAUUAAAGUUAUUUCAAUAAAAAUAGUAAUUGAUAUAUUUGGUUUUAUUAAUUCUUUUUAUGAUAAUAAUUGUAAUGAAAAUGAAUUAUCAAUUGAUAAACAAAAAGAUGAAUUUAAAAAUAGUUAUAUUUUUAAUAAUAUGCAACAAUAUUUAUUAAAUGAAAAUUCUGAACAAUUUAAAGAUUGCAUAAAUAGCAACCUAAACUCACAUUUUAAUACAAAAUAUGUUAUACCAAAUAAGGAGGAUGAUAACAAUAAAUCUUCUUACGAUAAAAUUAACACGUCUAUCUUAAAUGGUUUAUAUAAGGAUCAAUAUAAUUCCAUAUAUAAUGAUUUUAUGAAUACAAAAAUGGAAAAUGAUAUAGAUAUCGAUAAUAAAAAUAUAAACAAUUUACACACAAUAGAUAACUUGAAUAACUUUACUAGUACAAAAUACAUAAGUAGUACUGGAAAUAUAAUACAUACCUAUGAUAAUAAUAGCAGUAAUAAUAAUAUCAUUAAUAACAAUGAUAAUAAUGCUAAUAUUAAUAAUAUCAUUAAUAACAAUGAUAAUAAUGCUAAUAUUAAUAAUAUCAAUAAUAACAAUAAUAAUGAUGCUAAUAUUAAUAAUAUCAAUAAUAACAAUGAUAAUAAUUCUAAUAUUAAUAAUAUCAAUAAUAACAAUGAUAAUAACAAUAAUACUAGUAACAAUGACGAUACUACUACUAACAAUAAUUAUAUAAGUCACAGAAGUAUGUCUAAUUCAAUUAAUUCAUUUAAAAGUGUAAAAAGUAUAUCAGAAAUAUUAGUGAAUAAAAAAAAAUUAAACAUUAUAGAACAAGAUUUAGAAAAAAGAAUUGAUAUAAACAAUGUUUCAAAUAAAAAAGAAAUAGAUUACACUAAGUUAGAUGAAUUAGAUCAGAAUGACAAAAAAAAAAAAUUUAUUAAAAAUGUGGAAAAUGAUAUGAUUUAUUUAUUUCGUAAAUACAUAUUGAUACAUAUACAUAAUAUAAAUAAAAUCCAUGAUGAUGUAAUUAAUAAAAGAAGUAAAGUGAAGCAUAUUUUUUUAAAUACUAUUAUAUGUAUUUCUCAAUUAAGUUAUGAAGGUUUUAAAAUUUUACAAAUUGAAGAUAUUCAAAAACUAACUAAUUUAGUUUCUUCAUGUGUUCAUAGUAUAAAGUGUAAUAUUAUAACAGCAUUAAGUAAAUAUAUUAUUAAAUAUAUUUUUGCUUUUAAUAAGAAGUUUAUUCAGAAUUAUGAAAAAAAAAUUAAUUUAUUGCACAUGAAUUCUACCAAUGUUUAUUAUAAUAAUAUUCUUAUGACAACAAAUAAUUUCAAUAUUAAAAAAAAUUUAAAUAUUGAUGUUUUAUCCAACACAGAAAAUGUAUUAAAUAACAAAAUUUUGAAAUCACAUAGAAAUGAAAUAUUUGAACAAAAUGCUAAAGAAAGUAUGAACUAUACGACUAAUUCUUGCUCAUUAAAUAGUAGUGUUAAUAUUAAUAAACAAAUAAAUGCAACUGAUAGUAAUUUGAAUACUAAAACGUAUUUGAAUCUAAGUAAUGCAAUUUUGCAAAAAAAUGAAUAUAACAGCACUCAUUAUUUUGUAAAUACUGAUAAUUCUUUAAUAUGUGAUAAAUUACAUUCUUAUGAUGAUAAAAGUAAUUUUUUUGAUGAAAAUGUUAUGAGUCGUACACAAUCAACAAUAUAUAAUUCUGAAAUUAAUAAUGAUUACGCUAAUUCAAAAAGCAAUUAUGAUUUAUUGAAAAUAGAACCAUAUGCAAGAGAUGUAAUAACAAUGGAAAAUGUACCCAAUAUACUUGUGGAUGAAUGUGCAUCUGAGAAAAGUUAUCAUUUCAGUGAAAGUUCUCUUACAAAAAAAGAAAAAAUACAAGAAAAAGAAAGAAUUUCUACUCAUAACCAUAAUGCUAAUACUUAUGCAAAUCAAAAUAAUCACAAAAACAGCUGUUCUUUUAAUAGUGAAUCUAUAAAUUAUAAAUGGGAUGGGUAUAUUGAUAAUUAUAACUCAAAUGAAAAUAGUAUUGAAUUAUUAAAUUUGCAGUAUGGAAAAUUUGCAGUAGCACAAGAAAAGAAUAAUUGUUUUGAUUCUAAUAAUUUUAAAGAAAUUGAAACUAAUGCAAGCAAUGAUAAAGAAAAAAUUAAUAAUAUAGGAGAAUUCUUAGAUAAAAAAAAAAAUAAAAAAGAAGAAACAAAAAUAGAAGAAAGAAUAGAUGAUAAAUAUAAAAAAGAAAUAAGUAAUUUGGAUAUUAAUAACAAUGAAAAUAACAUGUAUAAUUCUACAUAUAAUUUUCUUAAUAUGGAUAACUUAUGUCAACCUAUACAAUCAUUAAUUAAUUGUAGAAUUAAAGAUAAAUAUUAUAAUUUCGUUAAUUCUCACAAAGAUUUAGAAAUAGAUAAACAAAAUAUAAACAAUCUACUUUCCAUUGAAAAUAAUGAAUGCAAAAAAUGGAAAAGUAUUUAUAUGUUAGAAAAAAAGAAAAAUGAAAAAAAAUUAUUUGAAUUAUAUUAUAUAUAUAUUUAUAUUAUUAUUCAUAUAAUUAAAUUUUAUAAUGACUCUUUUGUUGAUUUAAAGUAUUAUACAUACAAUUGUAUAUGUGAAAUUGCAAGUUCCUACAUUCCAUUUUAUUUUACACAUAAAAAUAUUAAAACAUUUUCAUAUUAUAGUAAUUAUAGUAAUGAAGAAAAUAAAGAUAUUAACAAAUUUAUCGAUUUUAUAAAUAAUAUUAACUUAUCUACGGAUAUAAAUAACUUAAAAUUGCAUAACUUAAAUAAGUUGAAUAAUACUACUAAUGAUAAGUGUUAUAAUAAAGAAGGUUGUUAUGAUGAUAUAAAUAAUAAAAAUAAUUCCACAGAUACAACUCAUCAAAAUUCAAAUAAUAAAAACAUAUUAAUUCCGGAUAAAAAAAAAAAUAGUAACAAUAAUAUAAAAGCAUCAGAAAAUCAUGAAAAUUCACCUAGUACGAUUACAUGUAGUAAUAAUAUAAAUGAAAUAUUUUCAAACAAUAUGUAUUUAAUUUCUUACAUUGAAUAUAUAUAUAUAUUAUUAUUAAUUAUAAGAGAAAAUAAAAAUGUAGAAAAAGAUAGAGCAAUUUGCUGUAUAAUUAGAUAUGUAGGUUUUAUAUGUAAAAACAUGAACUUUUUUUUAUUUAAUUCCAUUAAUUUAUUGCCUUCUACCUUUCUUGUUAAAUAUUUUAUUUAUUUAAAUAAUUUAAUCGAAAAAAAGUCAUUCGAUUUCUUUAAUUAUGAUGAACCAGUUGAAGAAGAAAAUAUAAAAGAAGAAACAAAUAAAGAUCAAUUAAGAAAUGAAAAAGAAGAAAAUUCAAUUAUAAACCAACAUGUGCAAACAGGAUAUGAUGCUGAAGAAAAAAAGGUAUGCAGUGAUUAUUUGCAUGAAAAUGAUAUUUUAAAUAAUAAAAAUUUAAGUAAUUUAAAAAACAAUUAUGAAAAAAAUUGUCAUAUAGAAAAAAAUAAUAAUAUUAGCAAUAAUUCACAACAUAUGAAAUUAUAUCAUUUAUUUUUGAAUGUAUAUAUAAAAUAUGAAUAUGAAUUUGAAGAUUGCUUUUUUUCUUUUAGCAAAAAUAUGGAAAAAAAAAAUAUAAUAGAUAAUGAAGACUGCAGUAAAGUAAAGAAGAUACCUAUAAAUGAAAAUAUAAAUGAAUAUGAUAUUAAAAAUAAUGAAAAUUUAGAAAAUUUAAAAUAUAAUACUACUUUACAUCAUUUUAAUGAAAAUAUAUUUGAAUCAUAUUCAGAUAAAAAAGAAAAAAAAAUAUAUUCAAAUCCAAUUAUAAUAGAAAUAAAUGAUAUAUUCAAUUCAAAUAUAAAUAAAAAUAAUCUCAUAAAUAAUCCCAAUAAUGUAGAUGCUAAAAUUAUUUUAUAUUUAUUAUCAAUAGUUAAGGAUCAUAUAAAAAAUAAAAUUACAUGGAAUGUGUUGUAUGCAUUUAAGCUAAUUUAUAAUAAUUUUUCUUUCUUCCUUGCUCAAAACUUUCCUGAUUUGCAUUAUAAGAUAUUGGAUAAUUUAAUAAAUACAUUAAGAUUCACAAAUGUUUAUAAAAUUAAAAUAUUAUCUUCUUUGGCUUUGAUUCACAUUCCUUUAUAUUAUAAUAUUAGUAAAAAGAAAUUAAAAGAAUUAUGGGAAACUUUAAUAUUGAAUAUUUCUUUUUUUGAUGUAAUUUUUGUUGAUGAUAAAUCGAAAUCAAAUCAAUUUAUUUACUAUUAUGAUAAGGCAUUAAAUUACAUAACUAUUAGUAAAAAAACAGAAUAUAAAUAUAAGUGUACAUUAAGAGUUAAUAUUUGUGAAUUACUAUAUAUAUGUAUAUAUAGGUCUUAUAUUCAUGCGAAUAUAAACACAGAUAUUGAAAUUGAUAAUAAAAGAAUAAAUUGUUAUGAAGUUUUUAAAAAAUACACACAUAUUUUUAAUAUUAAUAAUGAUAUACACAUAUAUAAUUUAAAUCAUAUAUAUAAUAAUCAUGUUAUGUAUUAUUCAUUUUACAAUCAAAAUAAUUUUACUCAAACACACACAGAAGAAAAAUAUAUAAAUAGAAAUGGAAAUAAAUAUUGUUAUAUUAUGGGAAAAAAUGAAGAAAAAUCUUACGAAGAUGAUAUUUUUGAACUUCAGUUAUUUUUAAAUGAUCAUUUUGAUAAAUAUCAGUCUGUUUAUAAAAAUUUAUUAGGAACAAGCAAAAAUCCAAUUUUUUAUUCCCUCUUUUUAAAGCUUCAUUAUGAAAUAAAAUUGUCAUUAAAAAAAUAUGUAGAAAGAAAACAAAAACAGUAA